CAUGGAAGCCGAAACUAAAAUAGAAAAGUCGGAAGAUGUUGAAAAAGAUGGCGAAAUUUCAAUUGAAAAAAAGUGUUCGGAAGAAGAAAAAGUGAAAAUACCUUGCGAAGCUUUGCCAGGCUGGACAAGAGUCAUAGUAACACGAAAAACGGGCACCUCGGCGGGGAAAAAUGACGUGUAUUACUUCAGCCCCACUGGAAAGAAAGUACGCUCAAAGCCAGAGAUUGAAAAGCUCCUUUUGCAGUCCUAUGGUGAGAUAAAAGACUUGAGCAAGUUUGAUUAUCGACACGGGACGUUUGUUGAGAAAAUCACAACAAGGAAACGCAAGAAGCCAACAUUUGAAAAUGAAAUAUUGGAAUGCGGUACGGGUGCAGAAAAUGAUGAGUCAACUGCCAAUGGUUUAGUGAAAAGUAACUGUAACAGUUGCCAUGCCAACGAAUCAGAUCUCAAUUCAUUUACCAACACAACUAUGGUUGGACUUGUGUCACCAAGGCAACUGUAUUGGGAAAAACAAUUGCACAUCUUGAGCAGUAGAAAUGAGCUCAUGGAUUUUGAUGCAAUUGCUGUCAAUGGUAGUGAAUUUCAUAGCUUAUUACUUUCAAUAGUAAAGACACUAAAAAUGUCAAGAGGUUACAUGGAAAACAGCUCUCCUAAAGUUGAUGGCAUUCAUGUAAACUCCAACAUAAAAACUAUAAAAAUUACCAAGGCAGACAUUCGGAAGCAGGAAAAACAGGUUAUCAGAGCGAGACGAGAAUUAGCCAAAGCCCUGACAGAAUAUGAACUAUUAAACUGAAUGUGAACAAGUCUUUUUUUGAUGCUUCUUUUCAGCAGUUAUUAAACCCACAUCACUUACGCAAUGUGCCAACUGCUUUUAUCCAAAAUUUUCAUCUUGGUUUUUACCAUUGCUAAAUAGUUUUUUUACAUCACACUCAUAGCCCAAUGAGAAAAUUUUUAAAUGUCAUAUUACUAUUAUUGUCACGAUUAAGGUUGCAACAAUAUCACUUGUAGCAACUUUUGUCAAUGCUAUUUUUACUGAGAGGAAUGCAAUAUUUCCACUAAUGGACAAAGAAAUGUUUAAAUAAGCAUAAUUGUGGGUGCCAUCUGAAUAAAAUUUCAAUAUUUCUCACGGAAAUCAAAAAAAGGUUUCCAGGAA